AUGACCAUGUGGAGCUUGCGGCUGGCCGGUGAGGUGGGAGCAGAGCCGGAAGGGGCGCCGUCAAGGCAGACGGGCAGGAAGAAGAGCAGCCGAGGAUCGGAGCGCGAAAAAGGUCGCAGGUGCGCUGCCGAGCGGCCAUGCCGUCGAUUACCGCUGCUCGCUCUCUCGACAGGGUUUGGGAUUGUCUCUCCGCUGCUGCUGCCGCUGCCGGAUGCCGAUCAGGGUUGGUUCGGCUUGGGUCCGAACACUUUGAGCACGCGCCUGCUCGGAGUAGUGCCGGCUCGGGGAGGAAAUGCAGGCAGUGCAGGCAGUGCAGGCGAUGCAGCCGAUGCAGGCUCCAGUGUGGCUCAAGGGAGGAGCAUGGGAACGCAGUGA